CAUGUGAACUGGCAUUUCAAACUUGCCAUCUAUGUGUGCAUUUCCUAUUUCUUCAGCCAACUUGGGCAGGGAACCUUGUGGUUAUCGGUAUAUAUCCAGGUCUGACCUCUGAGAAAACUAACUCACCUUUUCUCCUUCAACCCAGCAACAUAUGGCCUCUGCCUGGACUGAGGAGGAGACCUUUGUCUGCUCAGUAUGCCUGGACACCCUGAAGGACCCUGCCACUCUACCCUGUGGCCAUUCAUACUGCUUGGCUUGUAUCCAGAGCCACUGGGACAAGGGAGACAGCAAGGGUCAGCACAGCUGCCCCCAGUGUAGGCAGGUCUUCAACCCUCGGCCUUCACUGGCCAAGAGCACUGUCCUUGUGGAGGCUAUGGAAAAACUGAGAACCAACAGCCUCAAGCAGAUCUUCUCCACAGCUGCCUCCUCAGCCCCACCAUCGAUGCCUAUCUACCUGGAGGUCCUACCAGAUAUGGGGCCACAACAGGGCAGCAUGUACCCUCAGCUUCCUUUAGUGGAACCCAGACCCUGCUCUCAACACAACCGACCCCUGGACCUAUUUUGCCACGAAGACAAGGAGUGUGUGUGUGAGGUGUGUUGCCAACAUGGACACAAGGGGCAUCGUGUGCUCAAACCCCAGGAAGAGAGGAAGGAGAGACAGAAAGAGCUUGUUCACAUGCAGACAGAGGUACAGAGGAGAAUUCAGGAGACUGAAAAGACGCUUAAGGAGCUCCCACAUGCUGCUCGUCAACACAAGGCCUUGGUCCAGGCUCUAGAGCAAGAGAGCACAGAUUUAUUCGCAGAGCUAGCCAAGAAUGUGAAUGGAACAGGCACCCAGGUUGGUGAGCUCUUCAGCACCCAUGAGACCUCCUUAGGCAGUCAGGUUGAGGGCCAGAUCCACAGACUGGAGCAGGGGGUGGCACAGCUCCGCUGGAGGAGUGAAGAGCUGAGCAGACUGGCCGACAUGCAGGACCACAUCUGCUUUUUGAAGAAUUUCCUAACCAUGGAGCCCCUGGGUCAGACGGGUGUCACAGGGGAGUCGGUGCUGAGUCAGGAGGAGGCGGUGGUAGCCUCCAUCCGCUCAGUCAUGAAAGAACUACAAACGUCAGUACAGGAGCUCUGCAAAGCCAGCCUGGCCAAGAUCCUCACAUUAGUGAAUCAUGGCCCUGUGGCUUCAACACCCAACGGUGCAGUAGUAGACACUAUAGCAGCUGAUAACUGUGGUCAGGCCAGUGCACAAAACACAGCAUAUGAAAUGACGACAGAACCUCCACCUUUGCCACCUCCACGAGCUCAAGGUCACAAUUCUUCAUCCAAAUACCCAGCUUUACAUCCUGCAUGUGCUCAAGUUGUUUGUGAAGCUUCAGCCCCUCCUCCACCCUUCCCUCCUCAUCGACCUCCAGGUCAUAUUAACCGAGGUUACACAACAGUGGGACCUGUGAAUCCAGAACCAAAGUCUAGAGAUGAAUUGCUAAAAUUUCGCUUUGAACCCACCAUGGACCCCAACACCGUGUAUCGCCAUGUGCUGCUGUCAGACGGAGGUCAUAAGGCCACGAUGCGGGCUGAAAACUUGAACCCACCAGACCAUCCUGAACGCUUCGACUUCUGGAGACAGGUUUUCUGCAGGGAGCCCCUGGCUGGGAGCCCUUACUACUGGGAGGUGGAGUGGACCGGCCAGAAGUUCACCAUUGGCGUGGCCCACAAGGAGAUGGAACGGAAAGGUUCUGAUGACAAAAGCCGUUUGGGCCACAAUCCCCUGUCCUGGAGCUUGUACUGGUCCGGGACUGGCUUCUCCUUCUGGCACGAUGGGCAGGAAAAACUCCUGGGCUCGCCUAAGGCCAAGCGGAUCGGCGUCUAUCUGGACCAACUUGUCGGGACUCUGGCUUUUUACCGCAUCGCCAACAACCAGACUGAACUCAUCCACCGGCACCAGACCCAGUUCACCAGCCCACUGUACCCAGGGUUCAGGUUCUGGGCAGGAGUAGGGGCCACAGUGACUGUUUCUCAAUUGGAUUAAGUUGUGUAUGAAUGAUGGGCUCUUGUUUGUUUUGAUAUAACCUGCUUUGAAUAAGGAAGUACAUGUCUUCUUGCUCUGGAGGUCCUUCCAGAUGAGAAACAAAACUGUUCAUGAGUAUCCGGCUUUCAUAAUAUUCCUUUUGCACCAACCUUUUAUUAUUCUGAUGUAAAUCUUUCAAAAAUGUCUUUUAAAGUAAAUAAAGGAGUAAAAAACACACAUUUCAUUGUACACCUUUAAAAAAAAAACAAAAAAAAACAAACAUAUUUAUUAAAUAAACAUUUACAUCUUGGGACUGUUGAUGGUUCAAAUAGCUGCCAGUAUUUAUUUUGUUAAUAUGUAUAUCAUGAUCCUCCUGAUCUUAUCGUGAGUCCUACACGUCUGUGACCUGGAUGCUUUUAGCCCCCCCUCCUUUCUUAUCUGUAUCUGUAGUAUCUUUUGUUUUCCCACAUGGAUAUGGAAAGAAUAAUUUGACCUUCAUUGGUCUUUUGUCCACACAUUUCUUUCACUGGACACAGGUAAGAUGUUAUAUAACAUAAACCUGCAAUGACAAGUCAUGAUUUUUUCAAUAUAUAAUAACUCGUAGUGUAUUCUCAACUCCUCGCUCUCUUGGAGGAAACAGUCUUUUCUCUUUUACCCCAGCGUAACCUUUGUGCCAGUUAACUCAAGUAAUUCAACACUAUUCACAGGAGGACAAUGAAAUUCAUUUUUCGACAUGGUGGCAACAGCUUGUUGUUUCCUGUCCUGGUUGAAAAAGUUAGAGAGAUGUAACAAACACUGGGCUGCAGGGUGCAAAAUAUGAAUUUGAGAUUUAAAACAACAAAAAAACAAAAAACUGCUGGUGUAGAAAAAGGAGUGCGGUGUCAGUGUCAACAUGUAAUGGAUUAAUGUGAUGGACAUGAACCUCAAUCUCAGCUCAUACAACUCAACUUUGAUGCAUCUUUAAAGCAGGUAUUUGUGAAUAAAACUCUACGGUAUUUUCAGCUCUGAAAACUGACAGAUCUCUCUAUUUUUGAUUCACAAUAAUUAAUUUCAUGCAUUUAAACACAGAGGAAAGACACUAUCUUUGUGUCCUGAUGGGAACACUGAAUCACAUGGACAAUUUGCCUCAGAGGAUAGAUGAUACCUGACCUACAUCUACAACACAAAGUCUUGGAGGGUGUGUCUGUGUAUGUGUGUGGGUGAGUCUGUGAAGCCCCCACUCAUAAUGAAAGGUAUACAUACAGGUGUUAAGGUAUACAGGUGUACAGGUAUGAGGGUAAAAAAGGGUGGAAAAUAGAGGAAAUGGGGAGGAGCUACUUGAAGCCACAUGAACAGAAUUGAUGGGAAACAUAUAUAUAUAGCUGUGAAGCUUGACCCUCCAUCAGUCUAUCACACCGUCUUCCCCUCUGGAGCCAUCAUCCGUUGCUAGCGU